GAACCACGACGAAACACUCUGACCAGGAAACGAAACUUCGAGCCGACGGAAAGAAAAGGGAAUAAGUUCAAAUCGAGGGCCGGUGAUAUGAUCUCACCGUUUUUAGAUCGUUCCAUUUAUAUUCAUUAUUUGCUGGUAAAUGUUUAUUUCUAACUUGGUCAUUUAUUCGUAAACACACCGUGUAAUCUCACGUGUAUACUACGUUAAAUGAUAGCAUGACAGCAUUGGUGGAGAUCAACGGCCUUUAUUCUACUUCCUUUAAUGUCUGUUACGGCAAAAGUUAUGGCGAUAAGUAGUAUGUAACGUUACGUGAAUCCGUUCCACAGCUCGUGUGUGUGAGUAAAUAGCUGCCAGAGACAUGGACCCGAACGCUGAAGUUGAAAGGAUUUUUAGGCAUGAGAAUGGGGAGAAUGGGGAGGAGGAGGUGGAGAGGUGGAAGAGGCCUCCCUCCAGUUAUGGCUCAAUGAAGAGUGACAUUGAAGGGAUGGAGGAAGGUGGAGAUGAAAAGGUGGCCCAGGAGGCCUUUGCCGUGCCGUUACCAGUGGGGCUACCUGGAUCGUCUACUCGUGGGGGCACAGGGUUGCAGAUGAACCGCCCAGCUUCUCCAGAGACCCACUACACUAUGACGACGCAGCAGACCAGAGCACCGGGAGCAGUUUUUGACACCAAGUCUGCAGAUCUGGCGGAUUUUCUAGAACACUAUGACGAUGAGGAGGUGGAGAAGGAUGAAGAUGAUAAUCAUUAUAAGGAUUAUGAAGAUGAUGAAGAUGAUGAAGAUGAAAUGUUAGAAACCAAUUCCCCAGAACCACCAGAGCCUGUUGAACCAGAAGACACAAUGCAGGUCGAUGAGAACAGCCAGCCAGGUAGACUGCACCCAGAGCAGGACCUGCCUCACAUAUUCAAGAGUAUCCAGAGUUCUCUGACAGGGUUCAAGGAGGAGGAGCUGUUUACGUUUAUGAUGGACUUUUGCCAGUGGGAACUAAAGGUAACACGACAGCAGAUGAUGGAGGGAGACCUUCUUGAUUCUGUGGACAAGAUGCUGGAGAUACUUGGCCAGGAUCGUGCUCUUUUGCACACAAUAAGAACCCUAGAAAAUAUCAACAAAAAAGAAGAGGCAGACGAACUGAAGAAUACGUGCAGGAGAGCGCUGAUCCGUCACCACCUCCAGCAGAAUUUGAUAGGAAAAUACCAAAUCAUCCGGGAGGGGGUCGUUCGAGCCGGCAGGCAAAAUCUUCUAAACAACAUCUACGUUGAGCCCCUGAUUACUAUCUGUGGUCCUGGAGGAGUUGCCCCCUCCCAUGAGUUCCUACGCCGCUUUUCGUCACCUCUCCAGGUGCCGAGCGCCGACGCCUCCGUGGGCUUGAACGAUCUGUUCCGACUAAGGAAGGAUGGCAAGCCGGUGAGGACAGUGGUGACCACUGGGAUUCCGGGAACCGGCAUGUCCGUCUCUGUGGGGAAGUUCUCCCUGGACUGGGCAGAACGGCUCGCCAAUAAGGAUCUGCAGUUUGUCAUCAAACUUUCAUUCCGAACCUUCAGGCUCCUGCGAAACAAUGAGCUUCGUCUUUCCCAGGAGAUAUCCAUCAUGGAAGUGAUAGAAUAUUAUCAUCCCGAGUGCAAAGACAUGAAACACCUGGAGGAAGAGGACUGUAAAUUUCUCAUCAUAAUGGAUUCAUUUGAUUGUUACCAAGGCUCUCUGGACUGGCAGAACGCUCCGGUGAUAAAUGACAACUACACCAAAGCACACCCUGACGUGCUGAUUGUAAAUAUCAUCCGAGGGACCGUGCUGCGCGGUGCCCGCGUCUGGAUCCUGGGGAGACGAGCUGCUGUCUCACAAAUACCGUCUCAAUACAUAGACGUGGUCACAGAAAUACAGGGCUUUAGUGAUGAGAAGAAAGACAAAUUCCUGCAAAUGCGCUUUCGCGACGCAGAGCUGUCAUCAAAGAUCGUGGCACAUUACAAGCGCCUACCGCCCCUCAUUAGAUUAGCUCAGCAGCCCUUCGUCUGCUGGAUAGUGGCCACAGUGUUCGAGCGCUGCUACCGUUAUCUGAGGUAUGGGGAGCACCCCCCCCGGCUGACGCCGUUCUAUGUCCACAUCACCGUGGUCCAGACCAACCGCAAGCUGCAGUUCUACUAUGGAAAGCUGGACAAUGAACUGAAAUGGUCCACGGAGGACAAGAACCUGAUCACAGAGAUCGGGAAGAUGGCUUUUAAGAUGCUGGAAAAGAAUACCAGCACGUUCUUUGAAGAGGACAUGAAGGAGCUGGCAGGGCUGAAGUUAACGGAGGUGACGGUGUUUUCUGGCCUGACCACUGAGCUCGCCCCUGCAGCCCCCGGUGGGAGGAGGACGUUCGGAUUCAUACACCACAACUUCAAGGAGUUCAUGGCCGCUCUGUACGUCUUCACAAUGUUUUGCACCAAGUCCAAGAACGUUCUGGGCUCCCCGUUGUUGCCCAAGCCCUUCUUAUUUGGGGAUCAGUGCAAAUCAGCGGGGAGCCUGCUCCAGAGCGCGGUGACGCGAACCCUGGCCGCCCCGCCGGGCCACUACGACAUGUUCUUGCGCUUCCUGUGCGGCUUGCUUUCUCCGCACUGUCACAAUAAUCUGCUCUGCGGGAACCUCUACCCCCAAAAGAACCUGAAGGUGGGCGGACUGGAUGAGGCGCGGCGGCUGCUUGAACGGACGAUAAGGACUGCUGAGGAAAACAAUAGAGACCGAGUGGAAAACCUAAAGGAGUGCCUUAGAGAAAUGACCCAGGAGGAUGAGUGAGGUGGCGUUAGAUUGCAUCAGGAUAAUCAUUUUAUGUCAUUUUAUGCAGAGGAGGGAUAGGAGAGCAGUACCAUUACAGCUCCAUGGAUUUAGGGUCAAGUGUGAUGCUUUAAACACUAAACCUGAGUCACUGAUAUGUUCCGGUGUGUUUUUAUUUAAGUGAUGACAUUAAAAAUAAUGUGGAAGAGCCCUUGGGGGAGGCUUUAUUUCUCCACACUGGCCUGGCAAUUGGGAAUUGGAUGGGCCAUUGGAUCCCCCAUUCAGAGCCGGUAGACGUGGCCUGGGAAGAGGGAAGUCUGCAGUCCCCUGCUUGAACUGGAUCCCCCGGAUCGAUGAGGGAGGGUGUAUAGCUGAUUUUUAAAAAAUAUCUUCCAAAGAAACAUUUGUAAUUGUGUUUUAGAAAUAAAGCUGUGCGGUAUCC